GUUCGUAGCGUGUUGUCUGUUAAAUCGUAUAGACGACAUUAUUCGUUUGGUCGGUACGCCUUGAAUAUCGUCGAAAAAUCUUAUUACUCGCGAGUCGUGUUCCGUGGUACGAAGGAAGAGAGAAACAGAGAGUGGGUGAGCGAGCGAGCGAACGAACGAGCGAACGAGCGAACGAAAGAACGAACGAACGAACGAACGAGCGAACGAGCGAGCGAGCGAGUGAGCGAGAGAAAGAGAAAGAGAAAAAGAAAAAGAAAAAGGAGCGAGAACGAGAGUGAGUGAGUGAGUGAGUGAGUGAGUGAGUGAGUGAGUGAGUGAACGAACGAAUAAGUGAGUGAGUGAGUAGAGAAAAACGAGAGAAAGAGAAAGAAAGAGAUAAAGUAUGUGUAUGUGGUGUGUGUGUGUGUAUGGUGUGUGAAAGAGAGAGAAAGAAAAGUUUCUCAGAGUUCGAAUUUCUUCCAUCUACUUCUCUUCGUCUCUCUGUAGUCGUCGGGAUGUCACCUAAUUUCGACUUACACGGAUCCAUUCGCUCGCGUCGAGCAUUUCUUUUUUCUUCUCUCUCUCUCUCUCUCUCUCUCUCUAUCUCUGUCCCUCUCCCUCCGUCUCUCUUUUUUCGAGGAGGAAAAAAAGAAAGAAUAGAAUGAAAAGACGAUGAACAAUUCUCGUUCGUUCGUUUCCUGAUUAUCGUCAUCAUCGUGAUCGUCAUUAUCAUCAUCAUCGUCGUAAUCAUAAUCAUCAUCAUCCUCAUCAUCAUCAUCAUCAUCAAGUCGUGUCCGACGACAGACAGAGAGAUGUGUGUUUGUUUUAUCGGAAGAGACACGCGCGAGGACUGAGGAUCGGUCGUGAGAGAGAGAGAGAGAGAGAGAGAGUGAGACACACAGAAAAAAAGAGAAAGAAAAAGAAAGAGAGAGAGAGAGAGAGAAAGAAAGAAAGAGAGGAGAGGACAACGGUUACGGGACGGACACGGUGUUUCCGUCUCCCUGUAACGCGACGAACGAACGAACGAACGAACGAACGAACGAACCCUUUCCUUGAAAUUUCCAAUCAGCCUAUGUUAUACGCUUACAUUCUCAACUCCCACGCGUCUACGGUGCCCCUACGGUGGUGCCGCGAGGCGUGCGCGCGAGAGUGCCUUUGUGGCAAAUGUGCGUGUUUAGGGGGGCAGAAGGGGAGCGUGGGAGGGGAAGGAGGGGAUGAGGAGGUUCCUCUUUCUUCGUGUGAAGCAAAAAAUCUACAAAGUAGAAGUCAUGGGUCCCCAGGUACCAGAGAUGUAUACUGCGCUCUGUCACUUGAUCAGGAAGAGAUAUUCAGAACGACAACUAUGGAGAGGACACUUAAUCCUUUCUUCGGGGAGGAGUUUCAGUUCGAGGUACCCCGCAAAUUUCGAUACCUUGGUAUUUAUGUCUAUGAUAGAGAUAGGCACUUAAAACAAGACAAAAUUCUGGGAAAAGUAGCAAUAAAGAGAGAAGAUUUAGCGACAUAUCAUAAUAAAGAACAUUGGUUUCCAUUAAAACCAGUUGAUGCCGAUUCUGAGGUACAAGGCAAAGCUCAUUUAGAACUUGCUUUGCAGCCUCAAGUUGGACAUGUUCAACCAAAACUUACAGUCAGAGUAAUAGAAUGUAGUGAAUUAACUAUUAAAAAUGGUGGCUGUGAUCCUUUUGCGACUGUUACGGUCAUCUACAGUAAUGGUAAACAAAUAUCAAAGCGCACAAAAGUUAAGAAAAAAACAGUAUCUCCUUAUUUUAACGAGACGUUUGUUUUUGAGCCAGAACUAAUGGAAUAUAAAGACAAAGAUGUAUCUCAUUAUUCUAUUGAUGGAGGAGAAGUUGGUGAAGUUGUAGUUGGCUUAUGGCAUGCGUCUCCUGGUAUGGGAGAACAACCUGCUUUUCUAGGAGAAGUUCGUGUUACAUUAAGAGGACUUCAGAAGCAACCAACUAGUACAACAACUGCGUGGUAUUUUCUUCAACCAAGAGCAGCAAAACAUAGACCAAAUAAAAUUUCGAGUAAUUCAACACCACCUGGUACCCUUCCAGGCUUAGGGUCUUUGCGUUUAAAAAUUCAUUAUACAGCUGAUCACGUUUUCCCUUCUGGGAUGUAUGAGAGAUUGAGAACUUUAUUAUUACAAAGUGUUAACGUUCAACCAAUAACAUCAUCUGCUGUGUAUAUUUUGGGUGAAAUCGUGGCUUCCAAAAUGGAAGCUGCACAACCACUGGUUAGAGUAUUAGUACAUCACGGACAAUUAGUUUCUGUGAUGCGAGCACUUGCAAGUCACGAAAUUUCUAAACUAACUGAUCCAACAACUAUUUUUCGCGGUAAUACAUUAGUCAGUAAAAUGAUGGAUGAAGGCAUGAGAUUAGCAGGUCUUCAUUAUUUACAUAGUACAUUAAGACCAGCAAUGGAACAGGUCUUUUUAGAAAGGAAACCUUGCGAAAUAGAUCCUACAAGGGUAAAGGAUGCAAAUACGAUACAAACAAAUUUAGCAAAUCUAAAGGAAUAUGUAGAAAGAGUAUUCACAGCUAUAACAACAUCUGGAGUAAGAUGUCCGCCAUUAAUGUGUGAAAUGUUCUGGUGUUUACGAGAACUCGCUGCAACUCAUUUUCCAAAGAAUAAAGAAGUACGUUACUCCGUGAUAAGCGGUUUUAUUUUCCUCAGAUUUUUCGCACCUGCAAUAUUGGGACCAAGAUUAUUUGACAUCACUACCGAACAAAUUGAUUCUCAAACAAACAGAACGUUAACACUAAUAUCUAAAACAAUUCAAAGUCUGGGUAAUUUAGUGAGUUGUAGAGGAGGAGCUGGUAGCGUUUGUAAAGAGGAAUAUAUGGAAUGUGUAUAUAGAGAAUUUUAUACAGAAAGACAUAUCCAAGCUGUUAAACAAUUUUUGGAACUUAUAUCGACUAGUAGCAGUAGCGGUGCUACGAAACAACGACCUACGAUGUUGCAAGAACAGCCAGUGGUGUUAAAAGAAGGAAUAUAUUUCCUUUUUGUGCAUACUAUCGAUUGUACUAAGAGAAUAAUGAUCAAAAGGGCUCAAGGUAGAAAAAGAUUUGGAAGGAAAAAUUUUAAACAAAGGUACUUCAGAUUAACUACACAAGAUUUAACUUACUCGAAAACAAAAGGUAAAGAACCUUUAUGUAAAAUUCCAUUGGAGGAAAUACUCGCGGUUGAAAGGUUACAUGAAGAUUCUUUCAAGAUGAAAAAUAUGUUUCAAAUAGUACAACCACAAAGAGCAUUGUAUGUCCAAGCUGGUAAUUGUGUGGAAGAAAAAGAAUGGAUCGACAUACUUACAAAGAUAUGUCAUACGAAUAGUAAUCGAUUAGAAAAAUAUCAUCCUAGCGCGUAUAUCAAUGGUCAUUGGCUUUGUUGUCGUGCAGCAUCCGAAGUAGCUCCAGGAUGCAGCGAGGUGUCUCCAGGUAUAGAAGCUGGUUUACGCAUGGUUCUAGAUCCCGAUCGAGAUUUACAAAGGAUACAUUCUUUGAUUUUCACCAAUAUGCCUCGCCUUGAAACAUUAAUGAGUGCAUGUGAGUGUCAGGCAGUGUAUGGGGCAAGUGAUAUGUGUGUGAUACCAGGUGGUGGGUCUCUUAUUGAAGACGUCCCAUCUUGUUUUAAAACUUUAACUGCGUUGAGAGAAGCUGCAUAUGCUUUGCAGCACGAACAUAGAGCUUACUUUAGAAGACUAGCACGUGAUACCAAGUAUGGAAGCAAACAAGCACCUAUCGGUGACGACAAUUACCUCCAUUUAGCUGCCAGAGCUGGUUUUGAUAGUCAGCUAACAAAACGUGCUUAUGAAACAGAUAGCUUAAAUCAGCGUUGUACAGAUGCAGACCAUUGUUAUGAUAUUGGAUUUUCUAGACGAAUAGAAGAUCGAAGAUACGACGAUACACUCAGGAAAUGUCUAGAUUCUGACUCCAUCAAUCGUAGGUAUGAGAAUGAAAGUAAUUUGUUAAGACGCUAUGACAGUAGUACUGAUACUAUUAAAAGUAUACAAAAUGAUCUCAAAAAAUUUGAUCAUAGUUUAAACAAUACGUUAAGAUCUGAAAAAUCUGAAAGAAAUGGAAAUGAAAAUGUGGAAAAUCGCAAAAGACUUGAUAGCUCCACUUUGUUGGCAACAGAUGGAAUUAAUCUAUCUGGUACACUGUCAAGAAAGUUAAAUAAUUAUGAUAAUACUAGAAAACUGGAUGAAUGUACAUUGACAAGAAGAAUAAGAGAUGACAUAAAUGACAUAUCCUGUACUGCUAUGAGUGAACGUGGCAAUCAUUAAUUUAUCUGUAAUAUAAAGAAUACACGCUCUACGUUCCUAGGACACAUUUUAGAGGAAACUUUGUCCGUGCAUUCGCAUUAGUUAUAUUUCAAGAAGAGAUGGCACUCAAAUUCAAUUCUGACUAUACAAGGCUAUAUAUAUUUUUUUACUACUCGUACAGAUAUAUAUAUGUAUGUACAUAUAUAUGUAUUAAUAUGUAAUACUGCUUUUGCUUACAUAUUGUUGACUCUUGUGCAAUAGGGUCAUCUCUUUUUUUUUAUUUGUACACGCGAUUUCGAUAUUUUUUGAAUUAUGUAAGUUCUGAUUGUCUUAUGCGCACAAAACCUUUGAAGCUAUAAGAUCAAAAGACUUCAAGAAGCCAUUUUUAUGCACUUGGUUUCUUAUAAUGCUGUGGAAAACUAAACAUCUCGUCACACGACAAAAAUUUCUAUUAUUUAUUUAUUUAUUUUCACGUCAUUUUAAAAAAGCUGGUAAUGUAUGUGCAUUAAAUAUGAUGCAAUAACACAAUGUGUUAUCGGUUGCAUAAGCUAUAAUCUCAUAGACUGGGGAUAUUUAAUCAUCACCAGUUUUAACUGAUAAAUAUGUAGGGAACAUAAUAGCUAUUUUUAAUUAUGGAAAUAUUACUUUAGAUAAAUAUAUUUAAUAUCAUUGUUUUUCAUUCAUAAUUCCGUCAAUUUAUAACUGAGAUAUAUCUCUAAAAAGAAUAAUUGAAAUAUUAAAUAUUUGUCAUACAGUUUAGUAAAUACAUAUAAAUACAUAUGAGACAUGCCAAAACUAUGGUAUGUCUGUAUUGUAAUAGAUGUCAAUUCAAUUUCAUGAAGUAAUUAAAUUAAAUAAAUUUGAACUAUAUACAAAAAGUUGAACAAAAUUAAAGCUUGUUAUUCCAAAGAGGCCUGAGUGCUAAACAGUUCUAAAUUAAAUGUUUGCAAUCACUAUUAGCAGCAUUAUGAAAUGUUGUUAUGUGCUUGAUAUGUAAAAUUAUUUCUACCAUAUCAUAUCAUUAUUUUUAUUAUUAUUAUUAAUGUUAUUAUUAUUAUUAUUAUAAUGAUAAUAAUGAUUUAUUAUUAUUACUAUUACUACUACUACUACUACUACUACUACUACUACUACUACUACUACUACUAUUAUCAUUAUUAUUAUUAUUAUUAUUAUUAUUAUUAUUAUUAUUAUUAUUAUUAUUAUUAUUAUUAUUAUUAUUAUCGUUAUCAUUAUCAUAACUAUCAAAACAUAUUGGUAGUAAAGUUCAAAAACUAUGAUCGCAUACAAGCAUUGAAAACGAAUGACAAAUCGAUGCCUUUGUUUUUUGUUGUUUUUCUUUAUAAAUCAUUUUGACACUUCAACACUCAUAUAUUAUUUUCAAAUCUAAAAUAAUUUUCUAUUGCAUUUAUUUAAAAGAUAUUAAUGAUAAUCAUGUUAAUCUUAUAAGCUGAUGCUUGUCAAUUAAAUACAAACAAUCCUGUUUUUUUAGAUUAAACGAAGGAUUAUAAUUUGUGAAUAAAUCAUUCUAAUAAUCUAACAAUUCCAUAUAAUUCAGGAAAAUGGAUAUGUAAAGAUAAGACACUUAGAAGUUUUCUGUAUAUUUUUUAAUAACAAAUUCAAAUUUUCUCAUUAGGUUUAAAGCUUGGAAGAGAUCAAGAAAAACAAAUAUUUAAGAGCACGUCUGAUCUGCAAUUUACGAGAAAAAAUGUGUCUAUAUUGUAUAAAAAAAAGAUCUUACAAUUUUACAAAUGAGACUGUUAUCUUUUUUCAUCACAAUAAUAUUCUGGCUUUAUAUAUAUAUAUAUACACACAUAAAAUGUUUUAAUAUUUGAUUAUAUAUAUAUCAUAAUAGAAAUUAUUAUUCAAUAUAUAUAUAUAUAUAUAUAUAUGUAUAUGUAUAUGUAUAUAUAUCCUGUGAUAGUUUAUAUAACCAGCAUUCAUUAUGAUGUAUAGAUAUUCUAAUCAAAUGUAUUAUUCAUAUUAUUUUUUAACUAAAUAACUGUUAAGACAAUUGGCAUUUACUAAGAAUCAAUUUUAUUUUGUGAAACUAAUCUUGUGUGUGCAUGUUGUGUUUGCACAAACAGAGUAGAAACUAACUUAUGUCAUUCUUCAUUCAGUUAAUUUUUUGUUUGUAAUUUACGUGGAAAAAUAUAUUCUUCGAUAAAUUUAGGACACGUUUAAUAUCAGAAAUACGAUGUUUUUGAAUAUAUUUAGAAUAAUAUUAAUACUAUUAAGAUUGCCACACAUGGUAUAUAUGCAAUGAAAAAUUAUAAAAUAUAUAAAAUUUGUCAAUUAGCAGCAGAUAUAGAUUUUUCAAGAUAUGACUUGUGAAACUAAAAUAAUAGAGAAGUUUUUUCUCUUAAUUGGCGAUGUAUAUUUAUCUAUUUAAAUUAUUGAAUCUAAUAUUACAUUGAUCUGGGAAAUCAUGUGCAUUUUGGAUUUUUUAAAAAAUGCAUAGAAAAUUUGCAAAUAGAUAUACUAGUAUGUGAUUUCAAUGCUUUUGCUGGUCAUUUCAUUGGUAUUCGCAUAAAGCACUUUUCUUUGAUCGAUUUUUUAUCGCGUCAAAAUUUACUUUGGAUAAUCAUUGUAUACUUUGAAAAUCACAUCUGCAUUAAACAAAAUUGUGUACUUUUCCUUUGCAAUCAUAAGUUAUAUUAUUAUGAAUAUAUAAAAAAAAUCCCUCCAAAAUCUGAUAGACAAGAAUAGAAGGAAUUAAAAAUAAAGUCAUAAAUAAAAAGGGGCAGUUGUUAAAAGAAUGUAUAGUAAUUGUUAUGGCCUAUUAAUUAUUGCAGAUAUUAUGUAGUUUAAAAAUUCUAGCUUAUUUUUAUGAUGUACAGUGUACAGAACUCUUUAUUUCCAUGUUUUAGAGAAUGUGACUUUAUUAAAAUUCGUUUAUCGUCUAGAUUUAUGAUCUAAGAUAAUGUUAGUGAGUAUUUAUAGAUUAAUCAAAGUGUUUAUAUAUAUAUAUAUAUAUAUAUAUAUAUAUAUAUAUAUAUAUAUUGGACAAAAAUGUUAUUUAAUUAUUUCAACUACAAUUUAUAUUCAAUGUAGUUUGAGAAAACUUGACAUAUCCAUACAAGGCCUUCAAGUGCAUAGGUUUAUAAUAGAAUUUGGCUUAUUGUCCAAUAAAGAUAAUCGACAUUAACAAUGUAUAAAUAAAUAAGUAAAUUAUAAUAGAGGAAUUAGAUAAGUAUCACGUAAAGUUUGCUGCAAAAUAAUAAGUUCAUACAGAGGAUUGAAUCUUCCUCUCUUUAUACUUUCAUGAACUGUGAACUGCAAGAAUCCUCUGAAUAAAAAGUGAUCAAAUGAAUAGUUAUUUUAAAAUGAAUAAUUCAAAAUCUCUCUGUGUAUUUUUGAAAAUAAUAUAAGUUUUCAUUAUAUAAUAGCCAAUUGUAAUUUUUACGAGUUCUUGUAUCCUACAUAUAAGAAAUUUUUUUAACGAUUUGAUUUUAUAUAUAUAUGUAUAUUUUUUUUUGCAACAAUAUUACGACAACGAUUAUCUUGUAUUGCAUUUUGAAUAACAAAAAUUAAUUUAAAUUUAUUGUUAAUCCAUACUAAUGAACUAUGAGAAAAUUUGUUAAAUACAUAAAUACAUUUUUUAAAAAUUUUUGUAAAUGGCAAAGAAAAUAUAUUUAUUCAUAAAGAUUUUCUUUGCCAUAUGAAAAAAGUAACGUUGCACAAUGAUCAAUUGAUAAACGAUAAUAAUGGGAUUUAUUAAGAGGAUAUUAUGUGACUGCAUUGAAUAUAUAUGUUAUGUAUAUACGUAUAUAUGUAUAGACGUGUAGAUAUAUCUAUAUAUGUGUAUAUGUAUAUGCAUACAUACAUAUAUUGUAUAUUAUAUAUUUUCGAGUUUUCGAUGCAGAUAAACAUGGUAAUUCUACUUAUCAGCGGUAUUAUUUAUAUUAAUUUUAUUGUAUUAGUAAUUUAAUAACACUUUUGUAUACUCUUUCGUUGUGUUCACCAAGUAACUAUUGUUAUCUUGCAGAAGUUCUUAGCAUAGACUGUGCCUUACAUUUCUCGAGGACCGAAAAAUACGUUUCUUAAAUCUACAGAGGAUUAUAUUUCACAAAUUAUUUAUUGAAAUCGAGGAUUGUGGGUGUGCUCUGUAAUAUACACCUUCUGUGUAUUUUAAAUAUUGUACAUAUGUUUACUGCAAUAAAAAAUAUGUCCUCUGUGAAA